CGCUCUUGCCCUCUCAUUUGGGCAUCCCGUGUACCCUUCUACUCGCCGGACCUGCAGCUCGAAGUGCAUGCAGUAGCCUAAACUACGCUACUUCCACCAUGGACAAAGACAACCGCGAUGACUUCACCUUCGCUAAGCUCAGCGACCUCAAGAUGCCGGUCACCUUCCGAGUAUCACAGUUGGAGGGCGUACGCAAGCCUCACUCUUUCACCGAGGUUCUUGAGAAGCCAGAGCUUCGCUUCCACGGCAUCCAGCAAGCCCCGGACUACUCCGACCUCUAUGUGACGUGCCAACUUAUCGCGGACAACAAGCCGCUGACGAUACCGUUUCGCACCGCGUUCAAGGCGUUCCGGAAUGGGUAUACAUGGAACGAAUGGAUAACACUCCCGAUCCGGUACUGCGACCUUCCACUCAACUCGCAGAUCACCUUCACCGUAUGGGACAUCGCCGGUCCGAGGUCUGCUGUCCCGGUCGGUGGAACUACAUUCCGUCUGUUUGGGAAGAAGUGGACUCUCCGACGCGGCAAGCACCGUAUGAUCCUAUGGCCGGAUCGCGAAGCGGACGGCGCGAACGAGACUACGACCCCGAGCAAGAUAGGCACCAGGGACGAGUCCGGGAGGCUCGAGAAGCUCAUCAAGAAGUACGACCGCGGAGACCUGCCCAAGUCCGACUGGCUCGACACGCUCGUGUUCCGCAAGAUGGGCGAGAUCCACAAGGCUGAAACGGCGAAGUCGGAGAACCUGUUCCUAUAUAUUGAUCUCCCGCGUUUCGACUUCCCCGUUAUCUUCAGUGAGCCGGAUGCGUCCAAUGUGUCCGUCCCCUCUACAUCGUCGGUUACUCCUGUGCCUACAACACCGGCACCACAAGCCGCCGCCUUCACUGCCGAUGGUCAUCUAUGGGCAGUUGUGGAUCCGGACCUUGCGCGGGAGAACCCCGUAGAAGACAAGCACCGCCGUCUAGUUCGAAGCCACAGAAGCAGCCCAUACGACCGCGAGCUCAAGCCGAACGCGAAGAUCCGCGAUGAGUUAUCCGUAAUUCUCAACUACGCUCCUAGUCAACCGCUCACGUCGGAAGAGAAAGACCUGAUCUGGAAGUUCCGAUUCUACCUGACGCGAGACAAGCGGGGUCUGACCAAGUUCCUCAAGUCCGUGACUUGGCGUGAUCCGUCGGAGGUCAAACAGGCCGUAGAAGAACUGUUGCCCCAGUGGACAGAGAUCGACACCGACGACGCGCUCGAGCUGCUCGGGCCCAGCACCGUCGACUCUCGUGUCAGGGCAUACGCAGUCAAGCAGCUGAGCAGGGCAGAUGACGACGAGCUCCAUCUCUACCUGCUGCAACUCGUCCAGGCGCUGAAGUUCGAGAGCACAGCGAGCGAUCAGCGUUCGUCGCGAUCCGCAACUAGCGCGGUGUCCUAUGACGAUAGUGGACUUGCGGACUUCCUGAUCGCCCGCGCCGUGCGGAAUCCGAUCCUUGGGAACCGCUUCUACUGGUACCUCAUGGUAGAGGUGUCUAUGGAGGACAAGAUGAUGGCGAAGAUGUACGGCAGGGUCGUCUUCAAGUUCAUGAAGAUUCUCGAGGAUAACGGUGACGAGCGCCGCGACCUCAUGCGCCGACAAGGCGAGCUCGUCGAGACGCUCGCGAAACGCGCGCGCGACCUCCGUACAUCGAAGGACCCGCGCCCCAAGAAGAUCGAGAAGCUGCGCGCCUUCCUCGCAGAGGGAAAGAACAACCUCGCAUCGAUGCCGCCGCUCCCGCUCCCGCUGAACGCGCGCGUGAACGUCACAGGGAUCAUCGCGGACAAGUCGAGCGUGUUCAAGUCGAACAUGUUCCCCAUGCUCCUGUACUUCCAGUGUGCGGACGGUGGCGAGUACCCCGUCAUCUUCAAGGACGGCGACGACAUGCGCCAGGAUCAGCUGGUGAUUCAGCUGUUCACGCUCAUGGACCGGUUGUUACGGAAGGAGAAUCUAGACCUGAAGGUCACCCCUUACGACGUGCUCGCUACGGGUCCAACCCAGGGUAUGGCCCAGUUUAUCCCGAGCAAGACGAUCGCCGCAAUUGUCAGCGAGCAUGGGACGUUGUUGAACUACCUCCGGGCGAACUAUCCCGACGAGGGGAGUGUGGGGACCUACGGCGUCGAGCCUGGCGUCAUUGAUACUUUUGUCAGGAGUUGCGCCGGCUACUGUGUCAUGACCUAUCUACUGGGCGUUGGAGAUCGGCAUUUGGACAACCUUCUGCUAGCUCCGGAUGGUCACUUCUUUCAUGUCGACUUCGGGUACAUCCUUGGGCGCGACCCCAAGCCACUCGCUCCGCCAGUCAAGAUCUGCAAAGAGAUGGUCGACGCGAUGGGCGGCGUGCAGUCGGUGCACUACCAGCGCUUCAAGUCGUUCUGCUUCACAGCGUUCUCGAUCCUCCGCAAGAGCGCGAACCUCAUCCUCAACCUGGUCACCCUCAUGGUCGACGCCAACAUCCCGCACAUCAAGCAGCGUGACGUGCACGAGCAGGUGCUCGGCAAAUUCUGCCUCGAGAUGACCGAGGAGCAGGCGAUCGAGCACUUUGAGCGGCUGUUGAACGAUAUUUCGCCGUUCACGGUCGUGCUGGACAGGAUGCACGACUGGGCACAGUACUGGCGUAGUUAGACGCUUUCAUGAGUUUUCCGGCGUUGUCUGUUUCUGUGUAUUGAGCUCUCGUGUCAAUGUCCUAUAACGGCAUUUGCUCUAGCCGUAAAU